AUGUCUCAGUACCGCAUAUCAUUUGCAAACAGAUGGACAGUUGGAAAGGACUAUUCAGACAUUGGAGGAUAUGCUCAGAGCGUGUCAAGUGUUUUGGAUCCUGAUUUGAUAGCAGGGACUACUGAGAACAUUAAGAAUAUUUGUGCAAGGAUCCUAACUGCUCAGAGUCGACAGAAGAAUUAUGCGGAUCAGAGAAGGAAACCGAUAGAAUUUGAAGUACGAGAACAUGUAUUCCUGAGGGUUACACCGAUAACUGGGAUUGGAAGAGCAAUCAAAAUCAAGAAGUUGAAUCCAAGGUAUAUAGGGCCGUUUGAGAUUCUAAGGCGAUUCGGGCCGGUGGCGUAUCAAGUUGAUUUGCCACUUCAUCCAUCUAACUUGCAUGAUGUAUUCCACAUGUCACAACUCCGUAAAUACACGUCGGAUGCAGCUCAUGUGUUGGAACCUGAGUCGAUUGAGUUGAGGGAGAACUUAACUUUCCAAGUGACGCCAGUGAGAGUCGAUGACACUAGUGUGAAGAAGCUGCGAGGAAAGGAAGUUUUAAUGGUUAAAGUUGCUUGGGAGCGGGCAGGAGUUGAGGAGCAUACUUGGGAGUUGGAGUCCGAGAUGCGAAAGGAUUACCCCGAGCUUUUCUCAGUUGGAGUGGAAUUGGAGGCUUGCUUGUGGUUGAAAGCUUGCUUGUACUCAAUUUGGGGUUUUGGUGCAUAUUGGGAAUCGGCCAAGUGUAGUUGGGAAAAUGUUAAUGAAGGUUGA